CCGGGCCGCCCGGGACCUCGGCGCGCUCCUCCGGACGCGAGAGGCCGCUGCACCGGCUGCCGCUCCCGAUGCUGCUGCUGCCGCCGCGGCCACCCCACCCUCGGUCCUCCUCCCCGGAGGCCAUGGACCCACCGCCCCCCAAGGCUCCGCCUUUCCCCAAGACGGAAGGCCCUGCCUCCACCCCCUCCUCGGCGGCGGGGCCCCGCCCCCCGCGGCUGGGCCGCCACCUGCUCAUCGACGCCAACGGGGUCCCCUACACGUACACGGUGCAGCUGGAGGAGGAGCCCCGGGGCCCGCCGCAGCGCGAGGCGCCGCCGGGAGAGCCCAGCCCUCGCAAGGGCUACAGCUGCCCGGAGUGCGCCCGCGUCUUUGCCAGCCCGCUGCGGCUGCAGAGCCACCGCGUGUCGCACUCGGACCUCAAGCCCUUCACAUGCGGCGCCUGCGGCAAGGCCUUCAAGCGCUCCAGCCACCUGUCGCGGCACCGCGCCACGCACCGCGCCCGUGCCGGCCCGCCGCACACCUGCCCGCUCUGCCCGCGCCGCUUCCAGGACGCCGCGGAGCUGGCACAGCACGUGCGCCUCCACUGAGCCCCUCGGGGCCUCGCGCACACGCUCCCGGCUCUGCUGAGGUUGCUGCCUCACCCUGGGCCUCAGUUUCCCCACGUCUCCAAGGGGAGAAGCAUCAUUCCUUCCUUCCCUCCCUCCCUCUCUAGCUGUGUGAUGUAGACCAAGCCGUUGCCCCUCCCUGGGCCUGGGAGCCAGUCGGAACGGGGUUCCCGGCCCAGCUGUGCUGUGUGAGCCUUUGCAAGUGACAAAACCUCUCUGAGCCUUGGUUUUCUGCUCGAAGGUGGUGAACGGUUGUCGUCUGCAUGGUAGAUGUGACAAAAGAGCACGGGCACGGUCUGGUUCAUGUCUGUAUCCCCCCCCUUCCACCCACUACCGUCAACCUUGACUCAAUAAACAUUCCACACU